ACAACAUAUCUACACUGAUCAGAAACCUUUUCAUUGGAAUUCCGCCAUCUCAAAAUCACCACACUAAAUCAGCGUUACCUCCCACAAACACCAUCUUGACACUUUCGCCUCAUCAACACACCUCGAUUCGUUGCAUCCAACUACACCACCCAAAGAUGGCCGGCCAACCCAUUCCCCCACAAAAGCCCUUCAUGGAGCAACUAGCCCUACGUCAAACCGGCGAAAACGAAUUCGAAAUGAUCAACCUGCCACAGAAAAUGGGUAAUCCACUGGACAUUGCAUACGGCGGCUACACCAUCGCCGUAGCAUGCAAAGCAGCCUGUCUCACCGUACCAGACGGCUACAAUCUCUACUCCCUACAAGGAAACUACCUUGGCCCAGCAUACACCGACCGACCCCUCCGCGCCAGCGUACGAGUAAUACGCCAAACCCGAACGUUCGCAACGCGCCAAGUCGAAGUAAGCCAAACGGCCUCUACCAAAGAAGGACAGAAAGAAGAGAGCAGAAUAUGCCUCCUCGCAACCGCCGACUUCAUAAUCAGCUCGCCCACGUCGCUACUAUCCUACUCCCCCACCCCCAUGCAUAACCACCCCAACUGGCGUGACUGUCCCACGCCCGCCUCGGCAUUUUCCGCGCUGGUUGCGGAAGGCAAAGUAUCGAAAAAACUGCUGCAACACCAUGAAAAGGGUUUCCACCUCCUCUCCCACCUUUACGACCAACGCCUCGUCCCAGACAGCAUCUUCACCCAAAACCUGUACGGCAUCGCCGCCUCAGCACCCCACACACAAGACAGCCUCCCCCCUUCCACACGCACAACCGCAGACUGGAUCCGCAACAAAGACGCGCUCCCCACACCCACAGACAACAUGACAUCCCUAACCUUCCUCAUGGAUCUGGGCAUUGCCUUCUUGCCGUUGUCGUUUAAUCAUUUGUGGUUUGGGGAUGCGAGUGCGGUGUCUAGUCUUGAUUUUUCGCUGAGGAUCUUUGUGGAUAUGAAGGAUUUGAAACUGGAUGAGGGGUGGUUGCUCAGGGAGUUGAAGAGUCAGGUUGCGGGAGAGGGGAGAAGUUUUGGGGAAGGCUGGGUUUGGGAUGAGGGGGGGAGGUGUGUGGCUACUAUGAGUCAGCAGUGUAUUCUGAGGCCGCUGGCGAAGAAGAAGGGGGAGGGGCGGGGGAAGUUGUGAGGUUGCUAUUGGGAAAUGGGUUGGAGAAGAGAGUGUAAGGGCUAUGUAGCAGAUGAAGUCUAGACGUGCACGUGUGCAAAGCAGAAGAUGUGGAUUCUGUAACUAAGGCGCGAUGAAGAUGGGGUAGAGGAC